AUGGAGCGAGACGCCGACAACACGGCGUCCCAGCGACCCGAGCCGCCCAUCUUCAAGGCUCCCAGGCUUGUCUCGCGCCCCAAGCCCCCCGUCCAGCAGGACGAGGAAAUGGGCUCCGACAUCAAGCUAGGCGACUUUGAGGAUGUCCACGCCCUGUCCGUCUCCGAGGCCCGCGCCGUCGUCACGGCCGUCCACGAGGCCCGCAAGAAAAAGGACCCCGAGAACAACCCGCUGCGCGAUCGCAUCUACAACGACAGCAUCACCAUCACGCAGUUCCUCGACUACCUCGACAACUUUGCCCGCUACAAGGAGGAGGACAGCCUGCACUCGAUUGCCGCCCUCUUCGACGCCCACCCCGAAAUCUCCGUCGUCGAAAAGGCCCUGCUGGGAACCCUCACCCCCGACACCGCCGAGGAAGCCACAACGCUCAUCCCCUCGCUCAAGAUGGACGAGGACGAGCUGCAGCUGAUCCUCGACGAACUGAACAAGAUGCAGGAUCGCCUUCGAUAG